AUGGAUCUGUCAUCUGGUAUCAUUAAAGAAGUGGUCAAAGGAUCUGCAAAGAUUAUAGAGAUCUGUGGACAGUUGAUAAAGGAGAAAUCAUCCCUUGUAAAAGAAAUAUCGCCUAGUCAGCAACUGCCACAAAAUAAUUUCUCGGUGGAGGGUAUUUCACGUGCGGGUCUGCUCUCUUUUGUGGCAACUUUUCAGGACAAUAUCGUAAUUUGUAACACAGAUGGUCAGGUGGUGCGGAAAUACAACAAAACUUGUGAGUCAAUGACAAGCUUUAAGUUUUCAAAUUUUGGAAUGCUAAGAUUGCCAUACUGGUUGGUGCCCCCUAUGGAAUCAGCUUAUGCUGUUGGUUUUGGUGUCUCGGGACUUCCCGUGGAUCAUAUUCAACAUUUCAGCUUGUUACCAGGCAGGAUAGACAUACGGAUAAAAGUAGAAAUCCCUCAAGAUACAGAGCUUGUGGAGCCGCUAGAUGAAGCUUGUAUAUGGCGCCAAACAAGAGGCACCGCCACUGAAACUUUAGGAGCCGAGAACAAAGCUGAAUCCACAGAGAAGGUGGCUAGUCAUCUGGUAGCUGGCAGGGAUGAAAUGAGUGAUUUGGAAUCUUCUUAA